CCAAACUCCAUCUUCAACCAGUCCAAAAGCAAAUGACGUUUCUAUAUGGUUAACGCUGAUUGACCAACGCAGUUCCAAGCAAGAAGCUCCUUUCACCAAUGAGAAACAUUUAGACACGCCCAUUUUAUCUGCCUGGCAGCUAUCCCUAUCUCUGAAUCUCUGUAUUUUUCUUCCAUGUCCUGAUUCUUUACACCUCUUAUAAUGAAAUCCAGACGGCGCUCUUUAGGAAAAUCUCCACAGACUCCUGCUGCUACUGGCUCAGAGAUGUACCACUGCUCAGAUUGUGGGGAGAGUUUUUCUAAAAGUCAUCAUCUCAAAGAUCACAAGUGGAUCCACACAGUGGAGAACCCAUUUUACUGUGGACAGUGUGGGAAGAGUUUUACUUUUCAGAGUAAUCUCCAACAGCAUGAGCUCAUUCACACAGGAGAGAAGCCGUAUCACUGUGGACAGUGUGGGAAGAGUUUUAAUCGUAAGAGUAAUCUCCAACGACAUAAGCUCAUUCACACAGAGGAAAAGCUGUAUUACUGCUCCCAGUGUGGGAAGAGUUUUACUUGUAAGAGUAAUCUCCAACGACAUGAGCUCAUUCACACAGGAGAGAAGCUGUAUUACUGCUCCCAAUGUGGGAAGAGUUUUACUUAUAAGUGUCAUCUCCAACGACAUGAGCGCAUUCACACACGAGAGAAGCCGUAUCACUGCACGCAGUGUGGGAAGAGUUUUACCCAACUAUGUACUCUCCAACAACACAAGUACAUUCACACAGGAGAGAAGCUGUAUCACUGUGGACAGUGUGGGAAGAGCUUUACUUGCCAGCUUUAUCUCCAACGACAUGAGCGCAUUCACACAGGAGAGAAGCCGUAUCACUGCUCGCAGUGUGGGAAAAGUUUUCGUGACCAGAGCAGGCUCCACAGCCACCAGCAGAGUCAUACAGGACAGAAACCGUACCUCUGUGGACAUUGUGGGCGGAGCUAUACUCAUUCAAGUUCAUUAAGGACACAUAAGUGCUCUAAUAUAAAGCCAUCACAUAUUGAUGUGAAUUUAUCAAAUUAACAUAUGAGUUUUAAAUUUUAAUUUUUUAAAUGGGAGGUAAAGAGACAUUCAGGCAUAAAACUAUAAUAUUAUAUUAUUUGUCAUGAGCUGUAGUAUUCUGUUGCAUGGGAUUUUAUUGCUUACUCUCUGGGUUUUAGCAAAAUUCAUGAUUUUAUUUUGUUUUCUUGUUUUCCCCCAAACACUUCAAGACCAAGCAUGGAAUACACAUAUUUAACCAGUGGGAAUGCCCACUUUAAUUGACCAAUCCAGACGUCUGAGUGAGACACAUGACUCUAACUUCUCCCUCUAACAUAAGACUUUCAUUUAAAAUGACUUUUAAAUGCAAGCUAAAAUGUGCUUUAUAAAAUAUAGCAUUGUGUUUACAGGCCAUUUGAAGAGAUAAUUCUUGUCUAACUUGCUCCAUCUUUGCAGCGUCCAUUUAACUAUAGCUAACUACACUGUAUGGCCAAAACUAUGCAGAUGCCUGACCACCACACCCAUAUAUGCCUUUUGAACAUCCUCUGAUGGAACAGCAUUCCAAUCCAUGGUCCCUUGAGAACAGUGUUCCUGAUGUAGUUUUCAGAUUUACUGCAACCCUGACCAGGAUAACACAGUUACACAGUAAGAUUAGUGAAUGGAUUUUUGUUGUAUAUAUGUUCCUUUAAGAAGUAAGAAAAUAUUUGUAUGACCUGCAAGUCUUAGAAUUUUUUACUGUAGGAUCACUAUCACAGUUGUGAACAUACAGUGAAUGGAGAAUUGAGAGAGUACAUUACCAGGGGCAUUACCAUUUAAUAAUGCAAUAAAUGGGUUUUCUAAUAGUUGUGUAAUUUCCUUUUAAAAAUGUGAAAUGUUACAUUUAUAAAUCUUCAGAUGCUUUGCUUUGACACUCACAGAUUAGCUCAUGUAUUUUUUAUUAGUCAGAUUAGUCAGAUCAGUCAGAUUGUACCUCGAAUAACGAAGGCUGCAGCAGGGGGAAGAGCUUUCUCCUAUAGAGCCCCACAGUUAUGGAACAGUCUUCCAAUUAGUGUUCGGGACUCAGACACAGUCUCAGUGUUUAAGUCUAGGCUUAAAACGUAUUUGUUUACUCAAGCCUACCUUGACUAGACUUUCUGUUACGCUAAGCACAGUCCUAAUAAUCUCUUCUCUCCCUCUCUCCGUCUGCCGAGCCACACAAUUUUAUGGAGAUACUAGAGAUCCUGAUCCUUUCUGCUCUCCGGACCUGCCUGAUCCGUUUCGGAUGUCCUACCUCUGGAUGGAGCUCUCAUCUACUCCAAUUCCAGAUUGCAGGGACUACGGCUGCUUCUAAGGCCAAACAGACUUCAUAUAAAUCCAUAAUUAACUUUUUCACACUAUCUGUUGUUACCCAGAUGAGGAUGGGUUCCCUUCUGAGUCGGGUUCCUCUCAAGGUUUCUUCCUCUUAAAACAUCUUAGGGAGUUUUUCCUUGCCACCGUCGCCACUCAGUGGCUUGCUCAGUUGGGAUAAAUUCGUACCUUUAAUAUCUGUAUAACCUGUUGAUAUUUCUGUAAAGCUGGUUUGAGACAAUGUCUAUUGUAAAAAGCGCUAUACAAAUAAAAUUGAAUUACAUUACUACCAGUUAAUUCAUCAAUAGAUUUUGAAUGAUGCUAUUAUAUGCUAGGCAAAAGUCCACCAAAAAUAUUCUGCUAUAAUGGGCUAAAUAUUUCAGAUA